GUGUGUGUGUGUGUGUGUGUGUGUGUAUGUGUAUGUGUAAGAGUGAAUAAUGAUCUACCGAUAGCAGAGCAGGAACAUAAAAGCAGACAGGUCUUUUCUUGCUCUGCUGAGGUGAUGUGAACAGCCAGUUGCCUAACAUAUCCUGACACGUUGAGAGAGCCGAAUCCACGCCGAUCAAAAUGCUAAAUCACAGUAUUUGUGCUGUUAGCGAUCAUGUCUAUGCAUCUGCAUAAAUAUGCAAACUUGUAUGAUUCAUGUUAAAUCUCUUCACACUCACUGUGCCAGUAAACUGCAGUGAGGUAAAUUGUGGUAUGAAAAAUGGGUUUGAUAAUAGGGUUUUUGUUAAGGUCCCAGGUCUAAGGCUAGGGUUAUUGUAUUAUUAAAUGAAUAAGCAGAGGGAGAGCCGAAUGUCUGCUGGACAACAGAGCCCUUUAAAUGCAUCCGUUUUAAAUCAUCAGAUAACCGAGGAAAGCAAACCAAAUUUUUACAAGGAACUGGAAGAAGAUACCAACAGACUCUUCAUCAAAUCAAGGAUAACCAAACCGACGUAUUUGUUUUUGUUUUAAUGCUUUAAGAUCUUAGACUCAAACUAAAGGUUUGAUUUUUGUUUGUUUGUUUUUUAAUGUAAAUGGAUUUUGAUCUAUGUCAUUUGCCAUGACUGCUUUCUUUGUUUCUUGGUUGCCAAGACUCAGGAGAACUUCUUUUUGAAAGAAAAUGUCAUAUUUAAAUAGCUGAUGGUGUUUGAAUUGGGGUCAUUGCUAAUGAUGCCCUAGGCCUCAUAGACAGGUUAGUGGUGACCUGAGUAAAUUUACUACAAAGUAAAUUUACAUAGUCAGGCUUUCUUAUCUGACUUUCAUAACAUGACUUGACAAAACCUAAAACUCUAGUCAGAGGUAACGGGUAUUGCAGUCAUAGUUGUUGGUUUCACUGUUCAGCUUUUUGCUUCAGGCACUGUCACAUCAAAAAGAGCAUCUGCACAACAUGAUCCCUAUAAGUGCUGCCUACGCCAAUCAGAUGGUAAUUAAAUGAUGAUAAAAAGAACAAACAUAAUAGUUAAUUGCAACACUUUGACAAAUAAGAAAGUAAUGUUGCAGCGAUGUGUUAAUCUUGGGAUUUAGAGCACAGAGCAAUAAAAAACUGUAAACUUUUUAACGCUGCAUAUUUAUUUCCAAUAUGGUUGUUGUACAUUAGACCUCUGCAACUUUAAAAUCGUUUAGAUAUUUUCUGCAUCACCAACAGACUGCAUACAAAUUCCUGUAUGCAGCUGUAACAUUACAGCUGAGCUUCAUUUACCUCAUUUUAAUCAGGUAUGGCUUAUCAAGUUGCAUUUUUAAAAAGUGCUCCUACAGCAGGGAAUCUAUAACUGAAUCAAACUUCAGACAUGCUGCACAAAAAAAUAAUUAAUUAAAACAUGGCAGUUCCAGACAAUUUUAAACUGAAACUUAGAACAUAACCAGCUUUUGACCAGUUCAUGCGUUCAGCAUUAGAAACCAGGGUGAUUUAGCCAGGUAAAAAAGGAACCAGCUUUGAUGAUACAGAAAACUUGACUUUAACCCAGCAAAUCUCAUCUCAUUAAUCUUGUUUUGUAAUAGUCUGAUUUUAAGAAGUUAAGCCCAUUUCCACCUACUUGGCUCAGCUCGACUUGGUUUUUAAAGUGGUGGCACCUGGUACAAGGUACUUUUUGAGUACCUAUUCAGCUCCAAAUAAUCGGAGACCAUCCGAAAAAGUCACACCCACAGACUGCAUGCCACCAAUUGGCAGUGACUUCACUCAGUGAGUCAUGAGAGCGAUUCCUUCACAAAAAAUCAAGACUGCCAUUUUUAAGCAAGGAAAUGACGGAAAUAGCCGUACAAAAAGCAACGUUCAUACUCUGAUUAAUGCAUUAGAGAGCAACUUGGGGUUAGUAUCUUCCCCAAGGACACUUGGCAUGCAGACUGGGGGAGCCAGGAAUUGAACCUCUAACAUUUCGAUCAGUAGAUGACCUGCUCCCGAUCUACAGCCACCAUAGCCAUGCACUAAAGCAUACACAAACUGCUUUAUUAUGUUUCAUACUCUUAAUAGGAUCAUCAUGUACAAAAAUCAAUACUACAUUAUAUUAAAGAAGACAUAAAAUAGGUAACUGAGAUCACAAUCUAAUUUAAUACAUAAUCGACAUCUGUUUUUGUACUAAAGACAUCGAUUCUUGCUGGCCAUUAAAAAAAUGCUCUUCAAACACAGAGGCUAUGACCCACCACCCGAGUAACUUUUCUUGGUCAGUUUUUUUUUUCAGAACCUUUUACAAUGACCUCCCUAUCAUGUUUCAUAAAAAGCUAAAUAUCUAGCUAAGCUAACUUUUGUAACCUAUCACAAAAAUAUAACCACAGAUAAUGCUAACAUCUAAUAAUUCACAUACUGUUCAUAAUAUAAAGUGAAUGUGUAAGGUAAGAAAUCUCUGAGUUCAUGUGUUGGAGAAAUUACUUGGUAGUUUUAUAAACUACGAAAUUCUUCACACAAAAGUUAAUCUACAGCUACUCCAGAGAAGUCUAGUAUGCUAAUGCUACUAAUGCUAAAAUUAGUUUGCACUAUGAAAAUUUAAAUGAAAUGAAGCCAUGGGGCAGAGUUGUUGAAGCUAUGUUAGGAAAAUUGGUGACAAUCAGUGAGCAGCAAUAUGGCAGAAAGAGUUUUCUGGGGUCUAUGAUAUUUGCAGAUGGCAUUGUGAUCUGUGGUGAGAGCAGAGUCUGGAGAGGUGUUGAUUUGCAAUAGAAGCGCAGGAGUGAGAGUGAAAGGGAACAUUUAUAAGACACUGCUGAGUCAUGCUCUGAUGUAUGGUUUAGAGAUGCUGGCACUGACAAAAGAAAAAUAGGAAGCUGGAUGCGGCAGACUUGAAGGUUUUUUAAGGUUUUCAUGUGGUAGUAACCAGGAUGGACAGUACUAGAAACGAGUAUAUCAGAGGGACAGCUCAGGCUGAAUGGCUUCAUAUACGAGUUUAUUCAUUAAGUGUCCAAGCCCACCUAUGUUUGAUCCACUCAGAAAGCACCACUAACACUGGAUACCAGCAGCUAACAGUGGAAAAGCAGUGCUUACCAAGAGAAGGUCCUAAACAACAAAUAUCAGUAUCACUGUCACGGAACAGAAGUGAGCUUCAAUGACUCCUUUCACAAAGUUUUACAGCUUCCUGAAGACUAAAUAGAUGUGGACACAUACUGACAGCUGAGGUAAACAGUGGACUGACAGCAUACACUUACUACAGAUAAACCCUCAAAGGCCAAGUGUAUAUAUUACCAUGCGCCUUCACAAUAGUCAUGAUAAAAGAAAAAGGGUAUGGCUCUGAUUAAAGGAGGGUCAAAUACACCACCCCAAAACUGUUAUAGUGUGAGUAGUGUGACAGUAUGUCAAAGUAUGUUGCUCUAGUGUCACACUAUAGUGUGAGUAGUUAAGUAUACAUAAAAAUGGAGGCAUACGUAUUUGAACUACAUUAAUAAUAGGUCUUUGAUUACUCAGUAAACUCAACAGACAAAUUCAGCGUAUUCAUUGGCAUAGCUAUGUAGGUUUAUGACCUUCCCUACUCUUUUCCAAUCAUGGAAUAUAUUUUUGUGUAGCCUCUCUGUCAUUGAGGUCAUACUUCUUUAGUUUGGUGCAUUUCAGGAACCAGAACUGAACCAAGACGAAAUGGUAUAAUGUCUACAAAAACCUAAUGAUGAAGAAUUAAGUAUCCCAAAAAAGCAAUGUGUAUUAGUAUCACUUGUUGUUUACAAAGUAUUUACAGUGGUAAAACUGUAAGUUAUUGCAAGUACAUGAGCACUCAAAAGUUUCAAGGCUGUUUUUCAUAUACUAGAAACACAUACUGCAGAACUAAAUCCCAUGCCUCGCAGGACCGGUUGAACUGGUUUUAAUCAGACCUGAAAUAAGUAAGAAUUUGCUCCCACAUGUGAAUAACAACAAAGUGUCCUAUGCUCAGUUCUCACAUGCACAGAAAGUCCUCCGGCUAUAACGCCUGUGCACUUCAACUGACUUGUUUUACUGUUUUCCCAAGUUUUAGUUAAAAACAUUCGAUUUAGAAUGUGUUAUGUUAUUCAUAAAAAAUAGCUAAAAUUAACAACUCUAACUAACUAAAAUCUUGCAUGUUCUGUGCAAAGGUGAUUGCUGUAGAAAUGGAGUGUUUCAAUGACCUCCUCCACAAACUGAAGGAGGUCCACGAGCGAGAAAUAGAAGGAUGGCAGGUGAAAGUUCAAGAGCUGUCCAACAAGAAAGGCUGUGACACAAAAAGAAUGGAAGAACUUUUUACCAGAAACCAACAGAUGAAAGAACAACACAGAUUACUCACCGAAAACAUUAAGGUUCUGGAAAACAGGCUUAGGGCUGGGCUGUGUGACAGAUGUACAGUCACUCAAGAGGUAGCCAAGAGAAGACAACAGGAAUUUGAAGCCUCCCAGAUUCAGAGUCUCCAGCACAUCUCUCUACUUGCUGGAGAGAUGAACAACCUGAAAAAAGAGAACAAGAAACUUAAAGAUGAAAACAGAAACUUAAAAGCAGCACUUGACAAAGGUCACAGUGACAACUCUUCUAAUAGUAGCACCACCACAGAGGUCAAGCCCAACUCUUCCCCUGCCCUUUCACCCGCAUCUGGAAUCCUGUCCCUUAUUAAUACAACAACCAGCAGGCCAAGCAACAAGCCAGCAGAUGGCAACAUUUCAGUAAAGCCUGAUGUCGAACUGAAAACUGAAGAAACCGAAGGCAGACAGUUAAGAGGAAUCAACCGAAGCCAGUUUGAUGCUCUUCCAUUGUCAGCCCUCACAUUGCCGUCAUGGAAGAAAGAACACUUUGUGACUCGUGCUGGAGAGAAGAGAAUUCAAAAUGUUGAAGGACUCGACCAGUGUUCCUCCAUGCCUACUAAUUCUCUGCUUAGGAGAUCUUCUGUCCCAGCUGCUGGGGAUGUGCGACCCGGCAGACAUGUUGUCCAUGCUCCUGUCGCCCGACAUCCUCAAGCAAUCAACAGCAACUCUGCUUCUCUUCGCUGGUCUCUAUCUGAAUCAUCUGAUUGGAUUACUGCCGGCACCAAUGCAGUAGUGCAAACUUCACCCAAUCCACACACACAACAUUUUCACAGCUUGAACCCAAUGAGACAACAGGCCAGCCCCAGAAGGCAGGUUUUUAGUCCUCCGUUUCCUAAGCAGAGCAGCGUUCAGCCCCCUGCCAGAGAGCCAACUGUGGUUUUCCGAUUGACAAAUCUGCCAGAAUAUGUGGAGAUUCAAACAAAGCCCACAGAGAAAACAGAGAAAAAGGAAAACCUGAUACCCAAGGUUGAGAGGGUGUCUGAAGAAGGGUUAAAAGAGUUAAAUGAUGGGCCUUUGGACUUAUCUGAUCGGGGGAAGUCCAUAUCCAGUCAAGUGCCAAAAAGUGAUUCAUCCUCAGCCUUACAAGAUGGAACAAGAGUUCAAAAGAGCCCUGAAUUGGAAGUAAACACAAAUUCUUCUGCAGACAUAGCAGAAUCAUCAUCUUCAUCUAUUGUCAUUCCUUCAUCAUCAUGUGCAACGACAGAAGAGCAAGCACCUGACAAGGAUCCUAACCACAAGGUAGUCAGAGAGCAGGAUCAGAAAGAGGAGGUGAAUGGAAAGACAGAUGAAAGCAAGGGGAAGAAGGUGCCUAUCCUCACUCUAUCAUUACGGCCAGUAGUGGUGUUGGAGACUCUGAACCCAGCUCUACAAAAGCAAGAUUCCUUAUCAUCAAAUGGCAAGACAUCUUCGGCGACAGAUGAGCCAGAAACCAGCUCUGAUGAGCAGGAGAAGGAAGCCAGCCGGUCAGGACACGAAAGCAAUCAGGGUUCCAAAAGGAAAAGGGCAUCUGUGGAGACAGAUGCAGACAGAGAUUCCAACACAGACAGCAACAACCAUCGGGAGAGGAAGCUCAAAAUCACAAUGAGAUCAGAGGAAAAGCCCUAGAUAAAGAGGAUGUCACACUGACUUGGUAAUUUUGCAAGAACUCUUCAUUAACCAUUUCAGAGUAAAAAGUACAACAAGCCAGUACAGGUAUAAUUUACAGAGAGGAGAAACAGAGUACAGCCAUCAUCAGCCAAUCUGAUUCUGAGUCUAGCCGGAUAGUUUUUGAUUUAGCUCUGGUUCUCCACAUAUUGCUAAGGGAAAUAUCUGACUCUUUAGCUGCUAAACUCUCUGUUACUUUCACAGACAGCUUUCUGCAUGGUAGGAAGUACAUUGUGGGUAUAGAUCUUCAUUUCCUUAGAACAGCUCUCUGCUGUGGCUAAAUAUUAAACUGAUAAGAAUGGCAAAUCAAAACUGUAUUUUCAGUGCAGUUGUCAGCCGUAAAAUGAAUAUUUUACUUGCUAAAUUCUAACAAAAACUCCAGAUUGCUACAGUAACAGAAUCUACACCAUCGGGUUAUUAUUAUCUGCAGUAAGCAACUGUUUUCAUCCAAGUAGUCAUGUGAUCCAGUCGUCAAAGACUAUUUGGUAAUGGGCUUCUACUGAUUAAACUGAAUUUUUCUGCCAAAAUUUUUUUGUUUUGUUUUGUUUUUAUCAGCUGUAAAUUAAAGUUUUUGUCCACUUGGGGGCAGCAACUGCCCCUAAGGAACAUAGGCAUUGUGAACAUCCAGCAGACACAGUAAAACGUCUGUCAAAGGGAAUUCAUUCCAUUAGUUUCCAGAGAGUGGGGUUUAAGUAAGCAUGACACAAAAGCCCUGACUGACAGUGAGGAUGCAGCAGUAUGCCAACUUCCAUAGGACACUGGCUAAUGUUAAGAUUGGGUCAAGCAAGCUAAAGUGGCACCUGGUACCAAACAUCCUUUCUGACAGAAGGUGUGCUUU